ACCCCAUCAUAACUCUCAUCUCUACCCCUCAAAGAGUAUUUUUCCCCCCUAUAAAUUACCCUUUAUUGCAUCCUCUCAUGCCAAUCUGCAUUCAUCAUUUGAAUUAAUCAGUUCUUCUUCUCUCUCUACAGAGCCAGGAACUCAAGAAACUGGGUUUUGUUUUUUUUGGGAAAAUGAUUUUGGACAAAGAAGAUUUGGGUUUGAGUCUAAGCUUGAAUUUCCCAGCAGAAAACUGGAUGUCUCCUAGCUCUAAUACUUCACUGCAGCUGAAUCUAAUGCCUUCUUGGCCUUCCUCAGCAGAUCGAGAAACCAGGACGUUUCUGAAGGGUAUUGACGUUAACCGCUUGCCUAAGGCGGCGGACUUGGAGGAGGAGGCAGGUGUGUCUUCGCCCAACAGUACAAUCUCAAGCGUGAGUGGGAAACGAAGCGAAAGAGAACCCACCGGCAGCGAUGAUCCCGAACUCGAAAGGGAUUGCUCUCGAGGCAUCAGCGAUGAGGAAGAUGGUGACGGAUCCCGGAAAAAGCUCAGGCUUUCAAAAGACCAAUCCGCCAUUCUUGAAGAAAGCUUCAAAGAACACAAUACUUUGAAUCCCAAGCAAAAGCUGGCUUUGUCUAAGAGAUUGGGGCUGAGGCCUAGGCAGGUGGAAGUGUGGUUUCAGAACAGGAGGGCAAGGACAAAACUGAAGCAAACUGAAGUUGACUGUGAGUUCUUGAAGAGGUGUUGUGAAAAUUUGACAGAACAGAACAGGAGAUUACAGAAGGAAGUGCAAGAACUAAGGGCGCUUAAACUGUCACCACAGAUGUACAUGCAAAUGACCCCACCAACAACCCUCACCAUGUGUCCUUCAUGUGAGCGUGUCGCGGUCCCACCAACCCCGUCAUCAACGGCCAAAUUAGUUACAUCGGUUGAGCCUUUACCGUGUCGUGUAGGUCCUGCUCAGUCCCGUCCAAUCACAUUCAACCCGUGGGCUGCUGCCGUUCCGCGCCGGCCAUUCGAUGCCCUAAGCACUCGACAAUGAGUUUCUCGUCGAUAUAUCAGUUGACCGGUUGAGCUUGCCGUGUAGGCCUUGUUUAGUCCCGUCCGAUAGAGGUUUAUGAUAUUGAAAUAGAGGAUCUCAUUGUAUUUUGUUUUAAUCGGCCCAUCUUCUUUUGUUGACGAUACUAGACUAGUUUUCAGUAGUUUUUCUCCAUUACGAGGUUAUUGGUGGCAAAGAGAAUUUUAGGAUGUAAAUUGUUAUCAAUUGUUUGUU